AACCACGGGCGCCAAUGGGUGGAGGUCUUUGGGAACUGUAAACCUGCGCCUGGCUGUUUCUACACUCUUCCGCAUAGUGUAUUCGGGGAAAAAAAUUCACGAUGUAAUUGUUCGCAAAACGAAAGAAAGUAAUUUAUUUUAUUUUUUAACGUAUUAAUUUUAUCGUGGAAUUCGACUCUUUGUUGACCUUAUAACUAAACAUACAAAGUUAUUUCUUUUUAAGGUGGUAGCAACAUGGAAUUUCUUACUUUGUUCUUCAUUUACGUGUUAUCUAUUUUGACGUGCAUUGCCCUAGUCUGCAGAUAUUCAGGGAAAGGACCAUUUCCUCUUGAAAAGCUGUUGGUGUAUCUAACCAGUGUAAUUUCUCAUUUGGUUCCUGAAAGGCUACAAACAGCUUCAAAUCAAAUUAUCCACAGGCUGUUUCAUAAACGUGAAAAUGUACUUCUUCUAUCAGUGCUGCACCAAAGACCCAGGCACUGUUACUAAGCUGAAUAAUGAGGGGUUCCUGGGAGUGUACCCGUAUGACCAAGUGAUGUUCUAUCAGGGUGUUUUGUGUCCUACUUGCGUCUUGGUAAAGCCUGCCCGCUCAAAGCAUUGCAGAGUUUGCAACAGAUGUGUCCACCGAUUUGAUCAUCACUGCGUUUGGGUAAACAACUGCAUCGGAGCCUUCAACACCAAAUACUUCCUGCUGUACCUGAUGACUCUGUCAGCCAUGGCAGCCGACAUCGCUGUCCUAACAAUCGGGCUUCUCCUCCACUUAGUCCUCCAAUCUAAUCUGAUGAGCGCAGCCUACAUUGACGAGGAAGGGUACCAGCAGCCUGUUGGGCUGCUCUUUGUUAUACAGUACCUGUUCCUGACUUUCCCACGAAUAGUCUUCAUGUUGGGGUUUUUGAUGUUCCUCUUCCUCUUGCUGUUGGGAUACUCAUUUUUCCAUCUGUACCUCGCUGUCACCAACCAGACAGCUAACGAGUGGUACAAGAAAAAAAGUCAUGGCUGCCAGCACUGCAACCCUUCACCGCAGCACCACAGCCACAGUUCACUUCACAGCUUUUACUCUAGAGGAACUUUCAGAAACUUAAAAGAAAUCUUGAAACCCAUUAUCAAAAACGAGAAGAAAGGAAGUUAAGUAUUACAUAUGAAAAUUUAAUAUUAAGGCCUAGCCAAAAUGUCUACUUAGAAAUUCAUGAUUUUCAGUUUAACUGUUCAAACUUGCCUGUUUUUACUAUUUGUAAGAAGUAUAUAUGGAUGUGGCAAUUUAAAAAAUAAAACAGGGCAUUUACAGCUUUAUCAUCAAGGUUGGUGAAAAAAAUAUCCUUAGUAAAGUUUUUUUUUUUUUUAUAUUGGCGAUACAUUUUGUAAGCAAAUAAACCUUUUUAAUUUAAUUGUUUUUCAGUUUGUGACUUCUUCCUCAACCGAUUUCAGAUGAAAAACUGAACAGAUAAAUGCCACGUGGAUUUACCUAAUUCUGUCACUAUAUUUGGUAAUGGCACUGAGAAAUAGAAUGGUACAAAUGUCCUAUGGUCAAAAAGGUAAUAUGUUAAGCAACAGAAAUGAGCCAUUGAAAUAAAGUAUAAUUUAAUUAAAGCACUGACAAGGUAUAGGUAAGAAGGCUGAUAGGCCAUAGGUAACACUGAUUUCAUUUUUUUGGUUAACAAAAACUGAACUUGUACAUGUUACAAUACAUUCAUAUUUACAGUACUAGAAAUGUUGACAUUUAGGUACAUGGUUGUAGUGAGCAUGUAAUUAUACAACAGCAAUAAUCCCUGAAACAAAUGUAACAAUAUGCACAACAAACCACUUUACUUUUAGCAUAGCAAUGACUUUUUGCUCUGACCUAUCAAAUAUUUAGUGGUGCGAUUUGACUGGAAUAAGCAAGAGCUCCUGGGACCAUGUAAGCUAGUUAAUAAAUGUUGCUUGGGAUCUUCAGGUUUUCUUUAAAAGGCACUUAUUUCUCCUGUGACAUUCUCCAAUAUUGUACCUUUUCUGCUUUGGUAGUUGUCAACUCCACCAAAUGGAAAGUCUGAUUUAACUUAUUUUAUUAUUUAUUUUAUUUUGUUCCAGAUUUAAUUUAUAGUUCAGCUCUGCUUGUCCUUGCUAUUCUGAUUUUUCAACAGCCCUGACAGGAUCAUUCUUGAAGGUAAACAGUUGGAACAUGUGUUGCAUUUCCCGUCGAUACAUUAGAACCUAUUAAAUGAGUUAAAAUUAGGCAGCAGCAGACAGGCUAAUAGUUGGCCUGGCCUGAGUCUUAAACAAUUUAAUAUUUGACCAGGUCAAAGAUCCAUCUGUGUCGCUGUUAUAAUAAACAAGAGCUGUAUCAGCAAGGCAUGCAACGUGAUGAUCUUGACUGUAAAAUCAAGCAGUUUAUUCUGAUGGAACACUACUUUGCAAAUAAGGCGGGGGUGGCAGAUACAGGCUCUGCAAAUUGCUCUUGCAUGUACUUCAAUUACCGAAGGAUGAG